AUGAAUCGCAGAUCAGAAAAUGGUAUGCAAAAAUCCCUGCAGACCCUGGAUUUACAGAGCCAGCUUUUAACGCUUUUAAGCAUAUCUCCAGUGGCAAAAGAUGCACUUGUUUUAAUGGCUGUUUGUGUAAACAGUUCAUGGAAAAUUCCAUGCGGUUAUUUCUUUGUUGAUGGCCUAAGUGGCUCAGAGCGUGCUAACCUAGUAAAAACCUGCAUCAAGAAACUGAAUGAUGUUGGAGUAGAUGUAGUGUCAUUAACAUGUGAUGGGCCAUCAUGCCACUUUGCCAUGCUGAAGGCACUUGGAGCUUGUCUUGAACCAGGUACUCUUCAACCCUAUUUUUCUCAUCCAAUGGAUCCGAAAAAGAACGUUGCUAGACAUUUGUCAUAUGUUGGUGAAAAUACUCUUGGUGAAAAGCACAUUCUGAUUGAUAAAGAUGGAGAAAAGAUCUGUUGGGAUUACACUGUAGCUUUGGAAAAAUUACAGAAUAAGGAAGGAUUGCGACUAGACAAUAAAUUGAAGUUGGCGCACAUAAAAUGGUGGCAGCAAAAAAUGAAAGUCAACCUAGCAGCACAAGUUUUUAGCUCUAGUGUGGCUAAUGCUAUUGAAUAUUGUAACAAGGAACUAAAGCUACCACAGUUUCAAGGCUCAGAAGCAACAGUUAAGUUGAUCAAAUUGUUUGAUGGUCUUUUUGAUAUCUUGAAUUCACGUAACCCAUGUGCAAAAGGCUACAAGGCACCACUGCUGGUUGCAAAUAAAAGUGUUUGGGAUCCUUAUCUAGAUAAUGCAUACAAUUACAUCCUUGGUCUAAAAAGUGCUGACGGACAAUUAAUGCAUACAACACGGCGGAAGACUGGUUUCAUUGGUUUUCUUGCAGCAGUCAAAAGCAUCAAAGCCGGUCAGUUUCAUGAACUGGUUGAACGAGCAGAAGCUCCAAUGAAAUAUUUGUUCAGCUACAAAUUUAGCCAAGACCAUUUGGAACUGUUUUUUGUGCAAUCAGAUCAGCAGGAGGCUUCAACAACAACCCAACCACCGGGCAGUUUACAUCAGCAUAUAAGCGCCUGCUCAUGA